ACUAUAAAAGAAGCAAUAAGGUUUCAUUAGUUUCAGCAGAAAAAAAAAACUUAAAAAUGGCGCUUAAGCUGCAUGGAGUAACUAUGUCAACCUGCACUUCGCUUGUGAUAACUUGUCUCCACGAGAAAGAAGUAGAGUUUGAGCUGGUUCCUGUUGAUCUGUUCUCCGGGGAGCAUAAGCACCCUCAUUUUGUUGCCAAAAAUCCCUUUGGUCAGGUUCCAGUUCUUGAAGAUGACGAUCUCACCUUAUUUGAGUCGAGAGCAAUCACAGCAUACAUAGCAGAAAAAUACAAAGAGACAGGGUAUGACCUAAUAAGAUACAAAGACCUAAAAGAAGCAGCAAUGGUAAAAGUCUGGACACAAGUAGAAUCUCAGCAAUAUUAUCCCGCAAUAUCACCAAUUAUUUACCAGCUUUACGCUAAUCCUCUAAAAGGAGUUGCACCCGAUCAAGAGAUCAUCAAAACCAACUUAGAAAAGCUAGGGAACAUCCUUGAUAUUUACGAAGCUAGGCUGAGCAGCAACAAGUACUUGGCCGGAGAAUUUUAUAGCUUGGCUGAUCUUCAUCAUCUUCCUUACACUUAUUAUCUGAUGAAAACUGAUGUGGCUUCUGUUGUUAAUGAUCGUCCUCAUGUUAAGGCUUGGUGGGAGGAUAUUUCUUCUAGAGUUGCUUUUGUUAAAGCUGCUGAAGGAAUGACUUUUGGUGAGAAAUUAUAGAGCAUUUUGUUGAGUGAUUGUUUUUGGUGGAGUUUAGAAAAUGUUGGUUUUCUUGUUUGGAAUAAUUUAUUAAUAAAAUGAUGUUGUUUUCCAUGUUUUA